UAUGAUAGAGUUUGCUAAAUUAUCAAAAUAGGAGAAAGAGAAAUAUAUCAAAUUUUUAGUUGAUAACAAGAUUGAAUUCUAACAAUCUGAUUAAGGAUUCACUGCUAGUUUCAAAGUAUAAAAUAAAGAAAAUGUGGAUCCAACUAGAAAAUCGAUAGAAUAAAUCAAGAGAGCAUCACCACACUAAAGAACUCCAACAAGAUCAGUAUCACCUUUAAGAAGAAAAUUUACAAGAGAAGAUGCAAUAAAUUUGAUAUAAGAAAUAUAUUCAAAGAAAUUUGAUGAUGCUUCAAAAUAAUUAAAAUUAAAGAAUGUUGUUAAUGAAGACUUUGGAGUUUAUGUAAUGAGAUUUGCUUAGAAUAAAUAAAUUGAUAUAAAAGAUUGUAUGCAAAUUUAGGAUGAGAAUGUAUUUCUUUUUAAGAAAUUCUUGUAAAAAGAAUAUGAAGAAGAAGAUUUAAUGUAUUAUCUUUUUUUAAGAGCAAUAGUAGAAAAGGAAAUAGGAUAAUCAAUAUAUUAAUCAAGAAAGAGUCUAGAUUUAUAAAAAUAAUACUUAAGUAUUUGUUAAGUUUAAAGUAUAAUAUCGACAGUAUAUGAAAAUUAAGUAGAUGAGGUUUAGGAGUUAUUGGAAUAUUUUAGAAAUCAUUUUGAUAAUAAUAAAAUAAGUGCAUUUGAUUUCAUGGCUUUAGCAUUAGAGAAGUAUAAUAAUGAUCGUAAACCAUAAGAUAAGAAGAUAUUAAUUAAUGAACAAGUUAUAAAUGAAUUAUAGAGAUUUUUUUAUUAAGAAGUUGAGGAAUGUACUGAGCAAUUAUUUGAUUAAGUGAAAUUAAUAGUGAAUGACUUGUUAUAAAGUAUAUUUAGAUAAGACAAAAGAAUAUGGAUUAACAGAGUUUAGAAUGCAAAACCAGAGGAUGUAUUAUACUUAGAAGGAUUAUAGAAGUAAUUUAAAAGUUUGUCUGCAAAUAAAUAAGACAUUAAAUUAUUUAGUAGGAAGGUAUUGUAAACACCAUAAUUGAGUAGAUGUUUUGGAAAAUUGUUAGAAUGA